UGAAAAGCAAUGGGCAAAUAUUUUAUGACAUAGAAUAACAUGGAAGCAUCUCAUAAUUUAUUAUUCUUUGUACUAUGUGACAAGGCGCAUAUAUAAAUAUUCUAGUGUGUGUGGAACAAAGCGUUCCCAUCUAUCCUGAGAAUCCAAGAACAUGCCUUCCUUGUUACUGUUGAUAUUCCUGAUUCAAGCAUGGCCAAUGAGGCUACAAGCUGAUGACACAAACAUAUUCAUAUUGGCCGGACAGAGCAACAUGGCAGGAAGGGGCGGCGUGACGAACGACACCGCCACGGGAGCCACCACCUGGGACGGCAUCGUUCCUCUCCAGAGCCGCCCCAACCCCUCAAUUCUGAAACUCGACGCGCAGCUGAGGUGGGUGGAGGCACGCGAACCGCUCCACGCAGACAUCGACCGGGAGAAGACAAAUGGGGUUGGACCGGGUUUGGCUUUCGCUAACUCGGUGGUGGAAAAAAACCCGGGUUUCGGUGUUGUGGGUUUGGUCCCUUGUGCGAUUGGUGGCACCAAUAUUAGUGAGUGGGAGCGGGGGAAAGUGCUUUACAGCCACAUGAUGAAGAGGGUCCAGGCUUCCUUGCGUGAUGGUGGUUCCAUUCGAGCACUGCUCUGGUUUCAAGGGGAAUCUGAUACAGAGAAUUUAAACGAUGCCCAAUCGUAUCAGAGAAGAGUUACUAAAUUUUUCUCUGAUGUUCGUGAUGAUCUUCAAUCUCCAUUGCUUCCCAUAAUCCAGGUGGCUUUGGCAUCAGGAGUAGGCCCAUACGUAGAUAUAGUAAGACAAGCUCAGCUGGACAUUGACCUCUUGAACCUGAGAACUGUGGACGCUCUGGGAUUGGGCCUUCAGCCUGAUGGGCUCCACCUUUCGAGCCCGGCCCAAGUUAAUCUUGGACAUAUGAUGGCUAAUGCAUUCCUUCAGUUCGUACCAGCUACACCUUCAAUUCCAAUUGCAAAUUCCAAUGUUAGUCCAAAACCUAAUGAGGCUUCCAUUAGGCUUCAUAAUAACUGUGCUUCUGAUAUUUGUAUGUUCCCAUUGUUCAUAGUAUUUCUCACAAUUAUGUCCAUAACAUUCUUAUAGUACUGCUACUCUUCUUUUUUCA